UGUGUCUUUUAAACGACACUCAUCAUGUGGGCAUGUUGACCAUGUCGUGUCAGACACACUCUCUGUUAUUUCCCCCCUCUAGAAGCGGCGCGCUGGGUGAACCCCUCUCCCCCUCUCUGACACAGCCGUCUCCAGUCUGCCAGAGGAUAGCAGUCGUGCUCCCAGUGGAAGAUGGCGGUGGGGAUGCUGUCUGGGGCUGGAGCACAGUGCUGGAUUUGCACAAAAAGCGAACCCGGAUGGAUAUAAAGGAGGGAGAAAAAGGAAAAAAAUGAACACAUUCCCGUGUCUUCUCCUCGAGGUGUGGACUCGAUCGGGGUUGUUUAAGUAGAGCCCGUCGUUCGGGGGCAGAGAUCCGGCGGCUUCUCGUCGGAGACUCAACAGACGAUAUACAUCGAUAGCUCGGCGCAGAGACAGCAGGGGUGGGAGAGGAAAGGAAAGAAAAAAAGUGGACAAAAAAUGUCGGAUACAAAGGUAAAAGUUGCGGUGAGAGUCCGGCCCAUGAACCGCAGGGAAAUUGAACUGAAUACAAAAUGUGUCGUGGACAUGGAGGACAACCAGACAGUCCUGCACCCACCGCCUUCCAAUGGGAAAGGAGAUAGCAGGAAACAACCUAAGGUGUUCGCUUUUGACCACUGUUUCUGGUCCAUGGAUGAGUCCAACGUUCCCAAAUAUGCCGGUCAAGAGGUGGUGUUCAAGUGCCUUGGAGAGGGAAUACUUGAAAAUGCAUUCCAGGGAUAUAAUGCCUGCAUAUUUGCCUAUGGACAAACAGGUUCAGGCAAGUCCUUUUCCAUGAUGGGGAACGGGGAGCAGCCGGGUUUAAUCCCUCGACUCUGCUGCUCGCUGUUUGAGAGGGUCCACAAGGAGGAGAACGAGGCCCACUCAUUUAAGGUGGAGGUGUCCUACAUGGAGAUCUACAACGAGAAGGUCCGUGACCUACUCGAUCCCAAAGGGAGCCGACAGUCCCUGAAAGUUCGGGAACACAAAGUCCUGGGUCCAUACGUGGAUGGUCUGUCUCAGCUGGCUGUGACCAACUUUGAGGACAUCGAGGUGUUAAUGUCUGAGGGGAACAAAUCUCGCACAGUUGCAGCCACCAACAUGAACGAGGAGAGCAGUCGAUCGCAUGCCGUCUUCAGUAUCAUUGUUACACAAACACUUUAUGAUCUUCAGUCUGGGAAUUCGGGGGAGAAAGUGAGCAAGAUGAGUCUGGUUGACCUGGCAGGAAGUGAGCGAGUGUCCAAGACCGGAGCUGCAGGAGAGAGGCUCAAGGAGGGCAGCAAUAUUAACAAGUCUCUCACCACAUUAGGUUGUGUGAUUUCUGCCCUGGCGGAUCAGUCUGCAGGAAAAGGGAAGGCUAAGUUUGUGCCAUACAGAGACUCAGUCCUCACCUGGUUACUGAAGGAUAAUCUUGGCGGCAACAGCAAGACAGCCAUGAUAGCCACAGUGAGCCCAGCGGCUGAUAACUACGAGGAGACCCUGUCCACGCUCCGGUAUGCAGACAGAGCGAAGAGAAUCGUCAACCACGCUGUGGUGAAUGAAGACCCCAACGCUCGGAUCAUCAGAGAGCUCAGGGAGGAGGUGGAGAAGCUCAGAGUUCAGCUCUCUCAGGCUGAGUCCCUGAAGGCUCCUGAGCUGAAGGAGAAACUGCACGAGUCUGAGAAACUCAUUCAGGAGAUGACCGUCACUUGGGAGGAGAAGCUGAGGAAGACAGAGGAGAUCGCCACAGAGCGACAGAAGCAGCUGGAGAGCAUGGGCAUCUCUCUGGAGACAUCAGGGAUUAAAGUGGGUGAAGACAAGUGUUUCCUGGUCAAUCUGAACGCAGAUCCUGCCCUGAAUGAGCUCCUGGUCUACUACCUGAAGGAUCACACGCGUGUGGGCGCCGACACGUCUCAGGACAUCCAGCUGUUCGGGAUCGGAAUCCAGCCGGAGCACUGCGUCCUGGAGCUUUGCCCAGACGGAGAUGUAACCCUGAUGCCCAUUGGGAACGCCAGGACCUGCGUGAACGGAACAAUGAUCGACUCCUUGGUGCAUCUGUGGCACGGAGAUCGAAUCUUAUGGGGCAACAAUCACUUCUUCAGGAUCAAUCUGCCUAAACGAAAGCGGCGGGACCGUUUAAAGGAGCUGGAGAGAGCUUCUCCCAGAGAGAGCUUCAUUGAGGCAGAUGUGGAGACGGCCAGCGAGGCCUCUUCGGAGCAGGACUACAGCUAUGAGUUUGCCCAGAUGGAGGUCAUAAUGAAGACUCUGGGGAACAAUGAUCCCAUGCAGAACGUAGUCCAGGUGCUGGAGAAGCAGUACUUGGAGGAGAAGCGCACGGCUCUGGAAGAGCAGAGGAUGAUGUAUGAGCGAGAGCUGGAGUCGCUACGGCAACAGCUGUCUCCCGAGAAGACACCGCAGCACCACCGCAGCAGCAGCGAGCGCCUUGCGUUCCCGACGCACACGCCGCACGGCAAGCUGCGACUGUGGACGGAGGAGCGGGAUGAGCUUUUCCGUCAGAGCCUUUCUCGACUCAGGGAGCAGGUCGUGAAAGCCAACACUUUGGUGCGAGAAGCCAACUUUUUGGCAGAGGAGAUGAGCAAACUGACUGACUAUCAGGUCACCCUUCAGAUCCCUGCAGCCAACCUCAGCGCCAACCGCAAGCGUGGAGCAAUAGUUAGCGAGCCGGCCAUUCAGGUGCGGAGAAAAGGGAAGGGGACCCAGGUGUGGACCAUCGAGAAGCUAGAGAACAAACUGGUGGAUAUGAGAGACCACUACAGGGACUGGAGGGAAGGCACAGAGGAGACGUAUAACAAGGCGAACAGCAAUCACUGUGACCCGUUCUAUGAGGCGCAGGAGAACCACAACCUGAUAGGAGUGGCCAACAUUUUUCUGGAGUGCCUUUUCCAUGAUGUCAAACUGCAGUAUGCUGUCCCCAUCAUCAGCCAGCAGGGAGAGGUGGCGGGCAGGUUGCACAUCGAGCUGAUGCGAGUCAGUGGAGCUGUACCAGAGCGCCUGUCUGGUGGAGACGACUCGUCUGAGAACUCCAGCGAGAGCAGCUGCUAUGAGGUGAUGGACACCAACGGGGAGAUCGUCCACAUGGCCAAGAGGCUCACCUGCAGGGUGCGGAUCAGGGAGGCUACGGGUCUGCCGCUCAACCUGUCCAACUUCGUCUUCUGUCAGUACACCUUCUGGGAGCACGGCGAGCCCACCGUGGCUCCUCCCAUGGUCAGUCCAGACAGACCUUCCCCUCGAAGUCCAGAUGCCCAGUUUACUGUCCAGUUUGAUCACUGCAAGGACUAUGUUGUGCAUGUGACGGAUGAGUUUUUGGAGUUUAUAUCAGAUGGGGCGUUGGCCAUAGAGGUGUGGGGUCACCGCUGUGCUGGGAACGGACGUUCGCUCUGGGAGUUAGACGCACUGGAGGCCAAGACUCAGACGCUCCGUGACAGGUGGAACGAAGUGUCUCGCAGGAUCGAGCUGUGGACAUCCAUCCAGGAGCUGAACGAGCAGGGAGAGUACUCAUCUGUGGAGCUGCAUCCUGGAAAAGACAUCAGCACAGGAGGAGUUUUCCAACUCCGACAGGGACACUCCAGGAGGCUGCAGGUGUCUGUGAAGCCGGUCCAGAACUCCGGCACUCUGCCUCUACUGGUGGAGGCUCUGCUGUCUGUCUCCAUCGGCUGUGUGUCUGUCCGCUCCACCAGGCUGCAGAGGCCGCUCGACAGCUACCAGAGAGAGGUGGAGGACGAUGUGGAUAGUUAUCAGGAGGAAGACCUCAACUGUGUUCGAGAGCGCUGGUCAGAGGCACUGAUCAAACGUCGGGAGUACCUUGAUGAACAAAUAAAGAAAAUCAUCAACAAACACGAGAAGUCAGAGGAGGAUGUUGAGCGAGAGGCCCGGCUGGUGGAGCAGUGGGUCGGCCUGACUGAAGAGAGAAAUGCAGUGCUGGUCCCUGCGCCUGGCAGCGGCAUCCCCGGAGCUCCUGCAGACUGGACUCCACCUUCAGGAAUGGAGGCUCACAUCCCCGUGCUCUUCCUGGAUUUAAACGCCGAUAAUCUGACAGUGAAUGAGCAGCUGACCGGCCCACAUGCUGCAGGUGUUAACUCCAUCCUGCCCAAGGAGCACGGCAGCCAGUUCUUCUAUCUGCCCAUCAUCAGGCACAGUGACGAGGAGGUGUCCGCGGUGUGCUCCUGGGACUCAUCCAUCCACGAUUCCGUUCACCUCAACCGCAUCACGUCUCCUAACGAGCGCAUUUACCUGAUCAUCAAAGCCACGGUCCAGCUCAGCCACCCCGCCUCCAUGGAGCUGGUGCUCCGCAAGAGGAUUGCUGUCAACAUCUACAACAAGCAGAGUUUCACUCAGAGUCUCAAGCGGAGAAUGUCCUUAAAGAACACGCUGUACUCCUGUGGUGUGACUUAUGACAUCGUUUCCAACAUACCAAAGGCCUCGGAGGAACCAGAGGAGAGGGAAACGUUGGCCCUCAUGGCUGCUCGUGGGGACAGCGAGGAAACUCAGGAUGGAGAAACCUACAUAGAGAAAUACACGCGGGGAGUUCUGGAGGUGGAGAACAUCCUCAGUCUGGAGAAGCUACGACAGGCUGUGACAGUGAAGGAAGCGCUCACUGCCAAGGGGAGACACCUGAGACGGAGUAUCAGCACGCCAAAUGUACAGCAUUCUUCAUGUAGUAAAAUGGACCUGACUGGUUGUGAGGAUGAAGACUGUAAGGACCACUGUGAUCAUGUGGACAACACCAACUGCAGCCUCCAGGAGGGCUCGGUUUGCACCACGCCCAUCAAAAACAAGGAGAAUCCAGGUUUGGUUCCAGACAGUCCGACGUUUUUCAACUCCAGCCCCUUCAAGGUCCUCUCCCCUCAGCCGCCGAAGUUCCUCAAGUCUCUGCUGCCUGUCAAAGAGGAGAACAAGGCAAAGAAAGCCCUGGAGGCCCGGCCGCUGCUGGGACAAGAGAGCAUGCGCUCAUGUGUGGACAGCCCUGCACUGCUCCCCCCUCCCUGCCCCUGGCGCCGGCCCAGGGCAGGCAGCGAGGGCCACUGCAAGCCUUCCACCUCAUCCUCCACCCUCACCUCCACCUCCACCUCCACCACCACUACUCCCACCAGCAGAAAGCUCAGCCACACACUGCCACACACUGCUCAGGACUCUGAGGACGAGGACACAGAGGUGGACAUGACCCUAAACCUCGAACGGGGCACUCAGGACCAUAGCGGCUUCCAGCCUUACAUCCCGGAGGACUUUGCGAACUUUGAGAUCUACAAUGCCACCCUGGAGAGCCAGGAGGGGUUUCUGUGCUCCCGCACUGACUUGAAGGGAAGCCGGUGUGGAGCUGGGAGUGGAGAGCGAGAGGUGCCUCGAAGCCCCACGGCGAGCAGCUGCACAAGCGGCUACUUCUCACACAGUGCCUCCAACGCUACGCUGUCUGACAUGCCUUUCAGUGCCAGCGAGAGCUCUGACCACCUCAGCUGCGCCUCGAAAGACGCCCAGGAACCCCACGGCUGUCCUGCUGGAAGAGGCUGCACACAAGCCAAAAGUGUUUCUGCAGGGGGUGACGCCCAGCAGCCUCCUCAGUCGGCAGGCGGGGUUCAGGAUCCGCCUGGCCGGCCUGCCUCCUCACCUGUCAGCAUCCCCAAUUGCACAAGCAAGCAGCAGACAUUCCCCCACAACUGCGUUCUCAGCGCCAGCCAGGAGUUCACUGACUUUAAAGGGGCUGACGACAGUAUUGGAGAGGUGGAUUUAACACAUUUCACAGAGGGAUGGGAACAGAAGAAACCAGAAAAAGUAGAAACAUGUGAUACUGGCAAGCGACGCUCCUCCGAUAUCUCUGGUAUUAUCAACACGUCUGUUCCUGAAAACGCCUCGACUGCUACAUGCAAAUGUCCAAAUAACUCAAGCUCUGUUGGUGUAGCUGCGCCUCCUGUCACAACUGUUUGCACUUCAGUCAGAGACCCACUAGCUGUGCCUGACAAAGCUCCAGCUCCAGCAUCACCAUCCCCAGUCACACCUUUAUCCGCAGCACCGGCCCCUGCCCCGGCUCCACGAGCGGGAGGAGAGCCUCCGAUGCAGGAGCCAGCCCAGGGAGAUCUGCCCCACGGGAGUCCCUGCCCCAGCCCAAACCCCAGCAGCGCAGAGCCCUCAGGAGAUUCCAGCGGAGAUGAGAGCACCCCCGUGGCUCAGCUUCCUGACUGGAUGGCCCCCGGGGAGCCGGUGUGGGUGGGGAAAAGGAGAGGAACGGUCCACUAUGUUGGAGGGGUGGAGUUUGCGAAGGGGAUCUGGAUCGGUGUGAAGCUUGACAUGGCAGUGGGUAAGCACAAUGGGACUGUCCAGGGCAGAGUGUACUUCCGCUGCCCUCCGGGUCACGGAGUGUUCGUGAAGCCGUCUCGUCUCACCAGAGAACCGCCCUCCAUGGACACAGAACCCCAGACUCUGAUCAGAUAGGACCCAAAGAAGGACCAGCUUUUCCAAGGAAUGGCAGCGACCCGAGGGUGCUCCUCAGAUCCAGCGCCUGUGGGCGAACCGCAGGCCGACUUGUCUGCUCGAGUCUCUGAGCUGAUGUAUUGCGUAGUCGUUUUUUUUUUCCUAAAGCAUUUCUGACUUGUGUAUUUAAUGAAGGUAUAUCCUACUUACUGUCACUAUGCACAUAUCUGAGUUUUCUACACGGUGAUAUUUUUGAUAGAGAACUUCACUUUCAACUGGGAGUCCACGUGGAAAUAUUGCCCCCAUACAUUUUCUUACAUUGGUUUCUGAGCAUUAUAUAUGAUAUUUUUGUAAGACAAUGCAUCCUCCCCUGAGGCUCAUAGUGGAUUAAUCUGAAGAUUAAGAAUGUACUACUGUUAUUAAACAUUGAUAUUUACGUAAAUAUGAUAUGUCAGGGGUAACCAAAGAACUACGGUUCCAUAUCUGCUGUUACGAUGUUAUUUUUCUAAUGUAUGUGGAGCUCAACAUGAUAUAUAUCUGUGUCCAAGUAAAGCUUAGUGCCAUAUCUCUAGGAGUAAUGCCACAUACCCUGACCAGAGGAAAACCUGAGUUGCUUUCAGUGUUUGACUGCAGUUAGCGUGUUAAAUUAUCCUGUUGAAGUACUGUAACACUGUGGAGGAAAUAAUCCCCAUCCAGCAUGAGACUGUUGCUGUUUGAACGCUUGCACUGGAAAGGAUUCUUGGAGAGUUCACCGACUGUCUUCCAUAUUGGACUGAUGAGACAUUUUCUAACUGAAGUGACUGAGAACACCGAGCGCCCAUCACUUUACCGUGGGGAACGAAACGGCUAGGCUUUCUUCCAAGGCCUGGAGAUACUGAUGCCUUAACGGCCUGUUUCCAUGACGGGCAGGCACGCUGACCCCAGACUGCUCAGUGGACUCACAGUUCACAGAGUUUUAAACUGUAUGGACCUGAAACCUGUGUAUGUACAUCACGAUGCCCAGGCGCAUUCAAAAUGCCAUCCAGCCGCGCUGACUGACUGAUAGAAUACCUUUUUAACUGCAUUUUAUAUGUUAACUGACUGAUACAUAACACUUCAUGUUAAAAGGUACUCAAUAAUGCAUUUAUUUUCACAUGGAGGAUUGGAUGAAUGGGUGAUGGACGAAAUCAGGUCACAGGAGAGAAGAGUUGUCCGAUGAUCUUAUAUUUUAUAUGGAAGUGGUGAACUGUGGAAAUGACUAGAAAUUGUUCUAUAUUCGAGCUGUAAUUUCAAGUAAAUGAAACAAACCCAAGACCUUACUUUAAAGAAGAGAACAAAGCUGCUCUCCCUCAUAAGGAGUUGUAAAUAGAAAAUGUAUUUGAACAUAGUAUUUACACUAUCAUAAUGUACAGAAUUGUAUUUAUAAUGUAUCUCGAGCUGUUUUAAUUGGUACAAGAUGUUCUAGAAUAGAACAUUUACAAUCAGG